AUUUCGAAAUCUGAUCUUGAAAGUGACCCCUUUUCAACUCGACCCCGAAACAAAUAUGGUUUUUUUGUCAGGCUCAUUUCAUGCGAGAGAAUCAUCGUCAUCAUCAUCGUCAUAAUCUUUCAUGUUCCAUCAUGUACACGUUAUACGUCGUAUCCGUAAUCCCCGAAAUGUGAGUCGGUCAUUUUUCCUUCCCCCUUCGUUUUCCUCAAUCGGUGUUUUCUCAGGCGUUUCCUUUUUUCUACGUUACGUAUUAUUAUACCGUGAAUUUUCCUAACAGCUAGACGCGCCGUGCGCCUGAUACAGGCAACCGGAAUUACAUCUCACGUUCAAGUUGAGCACCGUAUCCCGCCAUGGCCAACUCAAACGUCAAAACAUCGUUUGUCAAAAUAACCUGAAUAUUACGGAAUGUGAAAUACGAUGAAAAAUGGAAUUCGGACAAUCAACUACGGCAACACUGAAGCAACUUAGAGUAGGACUGUCAUUAAAUUCAGUUAUUCAUCGCAAUAAUAAGAUGGUGGGAAGCGGUGCUCAACCUGGACGUGUGACGUAACUCCGCUUGCCUGCAUCAGGCGCAGAGAUCGUUUCGCUGUUACAAAGACUCACGUCUCUUUUCUUCUUUGUCUUUAUAUCAGCUUGCACCGAGUGCUAUUUCAGAGAGUCUUAGGGUAAUAAAUUGUCAAUGUUUCGAUCGCAACGGUCGUCGGUAAAUAAAAAUAUGGUAGGCACUAGGGACGGCUAAAAUGAGGUAAACAAGACUGCAUGCAGCUGCCCUCCAUAACAUUUUACAUUGUAGGUACAUACAUUCAGCAACGAGUAUGACCUUACAAAGGCGAACCUACCAGUAGAUAACAUACCUAUUAAUACCUGUGUUAUGGCGAACCGAAACGGCGAAGGUCCUCGCUCGUGCUGGAGGCGUCGGCGCCGCGACGCCCGGCGUCCUUUCCAUAUCACAGCCGGCGGAUCCUCGCUCGGCUUGCCGCAGUCAGUCAACGCGCGGCCUCAACACGCGACGCUCCGCGGCUCGACGACCGCCUGUAAGUGAGAAUUCCCCUUCUCAAUAAAUCGGAAAUUAAUCAGAGUGAUCGAUGAGAAAAUAAGUAACAAAAAAAAAAAAAAAAUCAUAACUGUAACAAGUUUAACAAAGCAGAGAGUCAAAUUUUUCCAAAUUUAAGAGAAAUAAAAAUUAUUGUAAUAUAGAACUGAAACUCAAAAGCCUCGAUGUAAUAUCAAACAGACACUGAUUGAUAGUACUAGAAAUAAAAAAAAAAUUAAAAAAAAAAUAACAUAAAUGUGUACAAAAAAACCCAGUGAGUACGGAAUAAUUAUGCAGAUGUAAAAAGCUGCGUUAUUAAUUAAUCAUUUCCGAAGGUGCUGAAAAAUAUUAAAGUGCAGGAACCAAUUAUACAAUCGUGUAGGUACAAUAUAUUAAUAAAAAUUGAAGAGAAAAAGAUGAAGCCCUCUUAAAUAUCAUGUGUGAGUGUCGAAGUAACGAUAGCGAAGAGUAUUAAAUUUAUCGUAUGCAUAUAAUGUACGUAAUAUAUAUAUGUGAACAUAUAUACGAGCAUAAAGUGCGUGAGUUGACCGGAUCGUCGGGAACUGAUUGAGCGGGAUUAUUAUGUAUCGUGUAUAAUAUAUCGAGGUUCAAACUUGUGUGUAUAAACAGUGCGGGUGUAUAAUAUAGUCCUUGGUUUGUGGUGAAGCGUAGCAAAUAGGCGUAUGUACGCGGUCUUUUCGUAUUCACUGCAACAGUCGUAUGUACACGGUCUUGUUGUAUUAACUGUAGGCAUAAAUUGCGACCUCAAACUGCAACCGUAAGGACGUUGAUGGAGUGAAAGGAGGGGCGAGGGAGGGAAUUAUACCGAGAGUGACACAACAAGUGCAAAGUUACGCAAUUGAGAUGCGAUCGAAGCGAGAUUAACGGGAAUUCAAAAAAAAAAAAAAAAAACAGCCAUGAAGUAGCGAACGAGAAUUUUAGAGGCCAGUAACGGCUUCUGCUCGUUGGAUUCGAAGAUGGAUAAAGUUGGAGCAGAUUUUCCGAAGCGAGAAUGGACCAAGAGAUUGAGUCUUCGGGGCAGCCGAAGAAGCCAUCAGGGCGAACUUCAGGGCGCCGUUGGACACGGCAGGACUGGCGGAGGUGGAUCCAAGACCACGAGGAGAUGGACCAGCCUUCGGCAACACGUGACGCACGGCGCCAUGUCCGAUGGUUCGAAACCGGCCAUCGAGCUGCUUCUCGACCCUCCCCAACAAUCGAGGCCUGGAACACCCGGCUCUCAGCCACACUCGCCAAACACACCGAGGACGCCUCACACUCCGGUACGGAAGUCCAAUUGGGAGGUUAUAGAACACUUCACUGGAGCCCCGAGGCCUUCCAUCGUCACGGUUGGACGAGGAUCGGAAGUCGGAGUCGGACUGUCAAGUGACAGGGACGCGAUCAUGGAGGCAGCUGUCAACGCCGGGAUGACACGAAGAAGGCCUCGAUGUGGCCUCAGUCGUUUUCUCAGCGCUCUCUGUGCCUCUCAUCGAUUCAGAAACCUCCAGGUCGAGAUGUUGUACCAGCGCUACUUCCUCCGGAUGAACCAAAGCAACAUGACCCACGUUUUGGGCCUUCUUUCGGGCCUCGCUGUCGCCUUGGGUAUCCUCCUGGGCCUCAGUCUGACCUUCGACUCGUCCGAUCCGUUCGUAGACCUCCUACAAAAACCCCAACAUCUCACUUUGGCUCUGACGCUUAUAGCGUGCAUCGCCGUCUACGCAGGACUCGUCGCUGCCAUUUCGAGGCCGGGAAUGAACGAGGUCUGGCUUGCCGGCAUCAGCGCCGCCGUUCUGGCGACCCUUCUCGCCCUCCAGGUGUCCUUGGGCUUGCACCUCGCCUACCCCAAGGGAUCGCUCGACUCGGAGGCCGUGGAGGACACCUACAGCCUGGGAGGUCCACUGGCCAUCGCCUGGGCGGCCUGCUUCUUCAUUUACAUGGCCUACGCACUUUUGCCGAUAAGACUGAGGCACGCCUGCAUCGCCGGCAUACUUUUCUCCCUCGCUCAUUUUAUAAGCGUGCUUCUGAUGUAUCGACAUGAUUAUCCGGCCUUCGUCUCUCAGCUUUUGAGCUCUCUGGUCGUGGUCGGCGGGACGAACGUGGCCGGAGCGCUGACUCAUCAUCCACGGGAAUUGGCCCAGAGACAAGCCUUCCUUGAGACGAGACAGUGCGUCGAAGCCCGGCUUACGACGCAGAGGGAAAACCAACAGCAGGAGAGACUGCUGCUCAGCGUUUUGCCGCGCCACGUGGCGAUGGAAAUGAAGGCUGAUAUAGCUGGGAAACCAAAGGACACCAUGUUUCAUAAAAUUUACAUACAGAGGCACGAGAACGUGAGCAUACUAUUCGCCGACAUUUGCGGAUUCACAUCGCUGUCAGACCAAUGCACAGCUGAGGAAUUGGUGCGGCUUUUGAACGAGCUUUUCGCCAGAUUCGACAGACUCGCGGCCGAGCAUCACUGCCUAAGGAUCAAGCUUCUUGGCGACUGUUACUACUGUGUUUCAGGCCUGCCUGAACCACGACCGGAUCAUGCUCACUGCUGCGUUGAAAUGGGCCUGGAUAUGAUCGACGCCAUUACGCUGGUAAGGGAGGUAAUGGCCGUCAACGUCAACAUGAGGGUCGGCAUCCAUACCGGAAGGGUACACUGCGGGGUCUUGGGGCUUCGAAAGUGGCAGUUCGACGUAUGGAGUAACGACGUAACUCUGGCAAAUUACAUGGAGAGUGGCGGUAUACCUGGACGUGUACACAUCACCAAAGAGACUCUGGCCUGCCUCGAAGGUGACUACGAGGUCGAGGAAGGUCACGGUGGCGAAAGAAACCCCUACCUCAGAGAGCACAACAUUCAGACAUACCUGAUCGUGCCCGGGGAUACGUUUCGUGACAACAUGGCACCAGGGUCAGGACUCAGGAAGGGUUUUUCAGUGAACGGAAACGUUUCCAAGGAAAUGAGGGUCAUGGGUCACGGUUCUCAGCACGGCAAGCAGACAAAAUUGGGCUUCGGCGAUACCGUUGAGUGCGAAAAAGACCCCGAUGACGAGGUUAACGAGUACCUUAUGAGGGCCAUCGACGCCAGAAGCAUAGACAGACUGAGAGCGGAGCACUGCACCCCGUUUAUACUGACAUUCCGGCGGCCAGACAUCGAGGAGAAGUAUUCCAGAGAGAGAGACAGGAUGUUGUCAGCCUACUUCCUUUGCUCCGCAUUCGUCUAUAUAAUCGUCGUAGCAGCGAUUGCCAUCAGUUUACCGGGGAGCAUUAGUUUCUACGUUUCGGGCUUGUUUGGCGGCCUCGUCAUCUUCCUCGUAAACGGAAUUCUACUGGCCGAAAAGAACGAGGUAGUACCGCACUGGGUGAGAAGCAUAUCUGUCCACAUCUACGAGAAGCGUAUAGUGGCCCAAAGCAUUGCUUCCAUUGUGGUUUUCCUAACUUUCACAACGGUGUUGUCACCUCUGAUCGAUCUCCAGGGGCAGGAAGAGUGCAGCAACGCGACUAGUACCACGUCGUCAGAAAUACUCGACAACUCGACGGUGAUGAAGAGCAUUUCGAGCAUCUCUACUAGCUGCUACUACGUCCUCUUCGCCGACCUGUUUCCGGUCCUCGUAAUGCUGGUCAUGGUCACCUGUGCCGCCUACCAGAUCCUCACAUCCGUCUUCAAGGUCGCUGUGCUUAGCGUCGUCGUCGCGUGUUACCUCGCCGUCAGCAUCUACCAGGCCUCGACGGAGGUCGACUCGGAACCCGGAGGACGGUGGCUGGCCGGUGUUCUGGUCGUCUCCUUCAUGGCAGCGCUUGUCGCCCACUCCCAGCACACCGAAGCCACUUACCGGCUGGACUUUUUAUGGAAGCUCCAAGCGACGGAGGAAAAGGAAGACAUGGAGCACCUCAAGGCCUACAACCAGAAACUGCUGGCGAACAUCCUUCCCGAACAUGUUGCCGAGCAUUUUCUUUACACCGUCAAUUCUGACGAACUCUACCACGAGCAGUGCGCCUUUGUCUGCAUAAUGUUCGCCUCGAUACCGAAUUUUUCCGAAUUCUACAUCGAACUCGAGGCCAAUAACGAGGGUGUCGAAUGCCUUCGGCUCCUCAACGAGAUCAUCGCUGACUUUGACGAAAUACUUGCCGAGGACGACUUCAAGUACAUCGAGAAGAUCAAGAGCACCGGGGCCACGUACAUGGCGGCAUCUGGACUGACUAAGAGCACCUGCGACAUGCAGGACUACAGGCACAUAACGGCGAUGGCCGACUACGCGUUAAGGAUUCGCGACCAGUUGUCGUACGUGAACGAGCACAGUUUCAACAACUUUCGAAUGCGGGUUGGAAUCAACAUCGGUCCGGUAGUCGCGGGCGUUAUCGGAGCCCGUAAACCGCAGUACGACAUUUGGGGGAACGCGGUGAACGUUGCUUCGCGAAUGGACUCGACGGGAGUUUUGGACGGUAUCCAGGUGACUCAGGAGGUCCGCGACGUCCUGCAUCAGAAGGGCUAUCCGCUCACCUGCAGGGGGAGUAUCCAGGUCAAGGGGAAGGGGACAAUGGUUACAUAUUUCCUCGACGGGCCGAGGAGCGAGGACAGCAACUCCGCAUUCUCCAAGGCGAACCAGAACUCGGUCAAGUCCCUAAAGCGGACGAAUUCCAACAAUAAUUCGGGGACCGUCGAGCGGAUCCCGUCCAGAAACGGCGUCGUGGCGCUUUAGGGCAGUUGACGAGGUUUCAGGGCUUUUUCACGUCGGUUAUCGUCGAGGUUUGGUGCAAAUCGGCAGACUCGAUGUAACGCUGAAGUUCAGUGGGGAAGAGUCUGUUGGCCCUCGCUUAACCAAAUGCCAGGAAGUCUCAAAAUCGAGGCUUAAUUCGUGUCUUGGCAAAGUCGUCUCGCGUUAUUAGAACUCUCAUUAAAAUUCCGCUUGGUGCGUGCAAAUUGAUCUCAUCGGUUUUCAAAUGGUUGCUAUUUUUAAACUGUAAUCCAUCUUACCCGAUCGAAUGAAACAUGAAAGAUAUUAUACAAAUUGCAAAAUACAUUGAUUUAUGUUGUAUCAAGCGACAACGUGUCUCAAAAAAUUCUCGAACAUGGGAGUUGGAAAAAAAAUUUGUUCCUGCGCUAAAAGGAAUUACAAUAUUUUUUUUUUUUUUCUUGAGGAGAAAAUUUUAAGGCAACAAUCCUGAGAUAUGUCCAACUUUGAGGUGAAUAAUAAUUCUGAAGAGUGUAUGUAUUAGAAUUGCCGACAUUAUAAGCUCCAAAUUUGGACGUUGGGUUAAUUUUCAGGCCACAUGUGACGACGGAGCGUUAAGAUUAUUGACCAUGACCGCAAAUCGAUUAAUUUACAUUCCAAUUGCGCAAUACGACUGUCAUAUUGUCAAAGUGAUUACUUAUAAUAGGAAAUCUUUGAUGAUGCUUGCAUUAAUAGCAACCGAAUUUGAAUCGUCCUCUACGAAUUUAACUGCAUGGAAAAUUUAUGGCUUCCGGCUUCGCGGUGUGGAUAUAAUACCGAUUAUAAUUUUCCGAUCGAUUAAAGGAAAGGCUAAGGUUGGAAGAUGGCGAUAAAAAUAGACACAUAACUUGAGCACUUCGUCAAGGGAGGAAGUAAAUACGCGGGAAAUCCCGUAAGAGAUUAAACGACAAUGUUCGAUCACUCUAAUGUCCUUUUUUAAUCCUCUCCGAAAUAUGUGCAUAUUACACAAUAUAUUCCUGUUGAGUGAUGAAUUUUGCAUAGCUUUGGAGAAAAUAUUCGCGUCCCUUUGCUUCCGGCGUGUACUUUCUCAACUUCUAGUUAUUUUGGAAAAGACUUUCAUCUUAAGGAUACAAAAUAGAAAAAGUCUAACCUGAAUGUUACAGCCAUAAGUGUAUAAUGAUGAUUAGAUGCUUAGUAUAAAGGGCUGCUUGUUGACAAAGAGAGAGAAAAAUGAACACUUCCGUUUCACACAUCACGGUGGAAAUCAAACCAGUUCAUUAAAUUUUAUCAAUCACCUUUGCCAAUUUCAUAAUAGAAAUUGACUAAUUAUUACCAAUUAUUUCGAAACAAAGUCGUAAUUACCUGAAGGUAAAAUUACCAAUUUUUUGCAUUCAUAAUUUUAUUAUGUUUGAUUAUUUUACAAGUAGAUCGAAAUACCGAUAGUUGAUCUUUGAGCAUUUUACUUAUUUCAAUUAAUUUAAACAACAGAUAGCAGAGAAACUGAUUUAACUUUGCGAUAAUAUAAUAUAAUUGACUUGAAGUUGAAUUACUUUUAAAGCUUGAAGUAAAACACCGACAAACAAUAAUUAGAGGCAAUGAAAACAUAUUAUCCGUUAAUAAUUAGUAGACAAGAAUUUUAAUAUCUCACGCCGAAGAUUUUACAGUGUUUGAGGUUGCGAGGAAAUUCAAAUCAAAACGACACAGCUGAGGUCCGUAAGAAUAAUUUUAAUUAGUAAUAUUUUAUACGUAAGUAAUUAGACAAAAGAGCUAAAAUGUCUUCUGCAGAUUUAACGUGCCAAUCUUCUCUCAGAGCGAUUAAUCUCUAAAUCUUAUCAUUAAUUAUCGCUAAUUGAACGAUCUGCACAGUUUUAGGAUUAACAAAAAUGCAAAAUCGAAAAAAAAAUAUGGUCGAGAAUAACUACGAACAUUGAAAAAUAAAAAAUUAUAGGGCUGCGUCUUUUCUAUACAUAUGCAAAACAUGUUAUUAUAUGUGUUUCACAAUUAAUAAUAUAUAUAUAUACAUAUACGUGUAUAAGUGAAAAAGAUGCGACGGUUCUGUUUGAACGACGCGAGUUAAAGUCUUACAGGCGCUAAAUUACGCACUUAAACCUUUCUAGUCAAUAUACCUAGAGGAUGAAACGAGAGGUAAUCGUAGGUAAAAAAAAAAAAAUUUCAUCGUCGUUAUUUAAAGUCACCAUAAUACAACGAAAAUAAGAAAAGGUUGAGUAAAGAAAUAC